GCCUCCAGUGAAUCUGCGUGCUUGUCAGACAUUUCUGGUCCGUCACUUCAGCUGAUUCGCCUUCCUGACCUCACCCACGUGCAGUUACUUUCACAGCCUUUUUCCAUAGCUGAGUCCGUCGAAUUGAGAACGUGGAUCAAGCAUGAUUCACUUCGUCCUCCUCAUUAGUCGGCAAGGGAAGGUUAGGCUGGCGAAAUGGUAUUCGGCGUAUUCUCAAAAGGAACGGACGAAGAUUACGCGAGAGCUGUCCGGAACAAUCCUGAGCAGGCCUGCUAAGCUGUGCAACUUCGUGGAUUGGAGGGGUUACAAGGUUGUUUACAAGCGGUAUGCGAGCCUGUACUUCUGCAUGUGCGUGGACAUCAACGACAACGAGCUGGAGACCCUCGAGAUCAUCCACCACUACGUCGAGGUGCUCGACCGCUACUUCACCAACGUCUGUGAGCUCGAUCUCAUCUUCAACUUCCACAAGGCAUACUAUAUACUGGAUGAAAUCCUCAUAGCAGGAGAGCUACAGGAGUCGAGCAAGAAGUCGGUUGCAAGAGUGAUAGCUGCUCAGGAUACUUUGGUGGAGACUGCGAAGGAACAGGGUGGCAGCUUGUCCUCCAUCAUUGCCCAAGCGACACAGUAGAGAGAUUUCGAAGUGCACUAUUUUCUCCAACUAAUGGUUUUCGUCCCCUUUAUGUACAGACCCUUCAAUUGGCUAAGUAGGAUUCUACUUCU